AUCUUCAAAUGCUUGAUUUAUCUUAUAACAAGUUUAAUGGAAAAGUUCCUCAUGGCUUGGGCAAUACUAGUACUGAAUUAGUUGUAUUGAAUCUCCAAUCAAAUAAUUAUAAGGGCAUCAUUCCAUCAACAUUUUCUACUUGUGAUUUCUUGGAAUAUGUAGAUUUCACUGACAAUCAGUUAGAAAGAGCUAUAUCUAGGUCUUUAUCUAAAUGUAGAAACCUGAAAGUCCUAAAUUUGAAAGAUAAUCAACUCACGGGUCAGUUACCUAUCAACAUUGGAAAGCUUACGAGUCUUAGUUAUUUGUCGGUUGCCAACAAUAACUUGAUUGGAAAAAUCACACCACAGAUUACAGGAUACAGUAUCACGAAUGUUAAAAACUCUUCUAUCUGCAACUUGGUUGAUCUUAAAAUCUUUGAUUUAUCUUAUAACAAGUUUAAUGGAGAAGUUCCUCAUUGCUUGGGCAAUACUAGUACUCAAUUAGCUGUAUUGAAUCUCCAAUCAAAUAAUUUCAAGGGCAUCAUUCCAUCAGCAUUAUUUUCUACUUGUGAUUUAUUGGAAUAUGUAGAUUUCACUGACAAUCAGUUAGAAGGAGCUAUACCUAGGUCUUUAUCUAAAUGUAGAAACAUGAAAGUCCUAAAUUUGAGGAACAACAAAUUCAAAGAUGCAUUCCCCUAUUGGUUAGGUAGCCUUUCGUAUCUAGAGGUUCUCAGCCUACCCUUUAAUAAAUUUCAUGGUGAUAUAACCAACAAUUUAUCAAAGAUUGCAACAUUUUCUUUUUCAAAUCUACAAAUUCUCGACUUUUCAAACAAUAAUUUCUGUGGUAAGUUGCCAUUCAUGUACAUCAAACAAUUUCGUUCCAUGAUGGAUAUUGACAUGUCUACUAUAGGAAGUCCAAGGUACUUAGAAAAUAAAUUUGGUGAUUAUAUGUACUCCAUCAAGAUGAUAGUAAAGGGGAAGCAACUGGAUUAUAAGAAGAUAAUUACUUCUAUGUCAACAUUUGAUAUGUCUAAUAAUCACUUUGAAGGAGAGAUUCCAAAUUCUAUAGGGAUGUUGCGAGCACUUUGAAAUCUUAACCUCUCGCAUAACCUACUUACCGGAAACAUCCCUCCAUUGAUCGGGAACUUAUCAUUGUUGGAUGGUUUAGACUUAUCAUCAAAUAGGCUUAUCGGUGAAAUCCCUCAAGAACUUGUUAGUUUAACAUCUCUCGAGGUUUUUAAUGUUUCAUAUAAUCAAUUGGAAGGGCCUAUACCCCAUGGUAACAAUUUUUAUACCUUCUCAUCUGAUUCGUACGAGGGAAAUCUUGAAUUGUGUGGAGCACCAUUACUUGAUUGCAAAAAUAAUACUGUUGUGCAAUCUUUGAACAAUGAUAAUGUGGAAGAAAAAACAGAAUUAGCGAUGUGGGAAGUUGUAGUGAUUGGAUUUGGAAGUGGUACAAUAGUUGGUUUGGCUUGGGGGUACUACAUAUUGUCAGUGGGGAAGCCUUUUUGGCUUUUUAAAUUGUUGAACAAGAUGGAAUGGGCUUUACUUGAUUUUUAUGACCACCAUUCCAGUAGAAGAAGUAGAACAAGAAGAACAAAGAACUAAAAGUGAUCAUCUAUCUGAGAAACAUUUCAUUUGUAGCAAGAAGUAGAGUAUGAUGGAAUAGGCCUUUUUGGGCUUUACUUGAAUUUGUAGCAUUUUCUUUUUCUUUUCACUGUACUUUAUCCAUAAUUAUAUUUUGUGAUAAUAACAUUUCUUUUCCAUAAAAAAAUAUAAAUGUGUGCCAAAUGGGUGAAUGUGAUAAUCUAUCUAAGAAAGAAACAUUUCAUUUCAUGAGAUGUCUAUAAAGCAUAAAA